AUGAAGAAGACACAACAUAAUGAAGCUCUAAGUGAAAACACGACAAAGUCAAGGAAGAGAAAAGCCAUAGCUUCAAAAACAAAAGAUCAACUACUUGAUGAAAAUGAAGAAGAUUCUGAUUCUGAAACAAAAGAGAUAAAGGGAAGAAAGAAGAAGAUAGUAAAGAAGCAUUUUGAUACAAUCAGAAACAGGUGUACACCUGGAGCUUUGUUAUCUGUUAUACAAGGCUUCAAUGAAGUACAAAAAGAUUGUGUGAGACAGAUGGGUUUUACGGGGAUAUUAAAGAUGAAGAUGAUAGAGGUCACAGGGGCCUUAAGCUGCUUUGUUCUUAAGAAUUUUAACUCAAAGACAAAGAAGAUAGUUUUUCAAAGAGCAGUGAUUGAUGUCACCAAAGAAUCGGUGAAAGAAAUUCUUGGAUUUCCUUUGGGAAGAAAACAGUUUUCAAAACUUCCAUUCAGAACAAAAGAAGAUAAAUGUUAUGAAUAA